UUGUAAAGGAGAAGCAUAUCGAGCCAUAGGAUCGGAUUAUAACAUAAAUCCAGACAAUGUGAAGUGUUUCGACGACGUUAAUACUUUUGUGCAGUUGACUAGCAAUAUUCAAAGUGGUAUGAUUUUAGAUCCCAGUUGUGAAGAAGUUCAAAUGUUCAAGAAUCGAUUCACUCACAGGAGAUUUCUUGACGAAAAACUUACAAAUCUCGUGAGCUUUAAUUCAGUUUCUCCAAAGAAAUGUCGAGAGUAUUUGUAUGAUCUGUCAAAUUAUUGGGCGAAUGAUGAGAAAGUUCAAGAGGCCCUCCAUGUGCAAAAGGGUAGCAUUGGGGAAUGGGAAAGAUGCAGCCAAGAUUUGGACUAUAUUAACAAGAUUGAUAACGCAAUUCCAUACCAUGUAAAUCUCAGUGCUAAAGGUUAUAGGUCGCUGGUUUACAGUGGAGACCAUGAUAUGAGUAUACCUUUCCAAUCGACACAAGCAUGGAUUCGAUCUCUAAAUUACUCUAUUAUUGAUGAUUGGCGACCAUGGAAUGUUGAAGGUCAAGUUGCCGGGUACACAAGGACUUACUCGAAUAAGAUGACAUUUGCAACUGUGAAAGGAGCAGGCCAUAUCGCUCCUGAGUUUAAACCUUCUGAAUGCCAAGCUAUGAUAAGCAAGUGGUUUUCUUACCGUCUACUCUAAUCAACCUACGAAUUAAUGCUCUAUCAUUAUUAGUCUCUUUAGUUUCCUAUCAUUAUUAAGAGUUUGUUUUUUGUAUUUUUGUUUGGAUGACAAGGGA